UGUCUGUCUGUCCGUCUGCUGCACCCCAUCUGCUGCAUCCUGGGAUCCCCCAAAUGUGAGGGGAGAAUGGUGGGAAACGUGAGGGGACAAAAUGGCAAAAACAUGAGGGGGAAAGAUGGCAAAAACAUGAGGGGAAAAGGGCAGGAAACAUGAGGGGAAAAGAUGGCAAAAACAUGAGGGGAAAAGGGCAGGAAACAUGAGGGGAAAAGAUGGCAAAAACAUGAAGGGAAAAGGGCAGGAAACAUGAGGGGAAAAGAUGGCAAAAACAGUAGGGGAAAGGGCAGGAAACAUGAGGGGAAAAGUGGGAACAUGAGGGGAAAAGAUGGCAAAAACAUGAGGGAAAAAGAGAAGGAAACAUCAGGGUAAAAGGUGGCAAAAACAUGAGGGGAAAGAGCAGGAAACAUGAGGGGAAAAGAUAACAAAAAACAUGAGGGGAAAAGAGAAGGAAGCAUCAGGGUAAAAGGUGCCAAAAUCAUGGGGGAAAAGAGCAGGAAACAUGAGGGGAAAAGAUGGCAAAAACAUGAGGGGAAAAGAGAAGGAAACAGGGUAAAAGGUGGCAAAAACAUGAGGGGAAGAGUGGGAACAUGAGGGGAAAAGAUGGCAAAAACAUGAGGGGAAAGAGCAGGAAACAUGAGGGGAAAACAUGGCAAAAACAUGAGGGAAAAGAGCAGGAAGCAUCAGGGGAAGAGUGGGAAACCUGAGGGGAAAAGAUGGCAAAAAACAUGAGGGGAAAAGGGCGGGAAACCUGAGGGGAAAAGGGCGGGAAACCUGAGGGGAAAAGAGCGGGAAACCUGAGGGGAAAAGGGUGGGAAACCUGAGGGGAAAAGGGCGGGAAACCUGAGGGGAAAAGGGCGGGAAACCUGAGGGGAAAAGAGCGGGAAAUGUGAGGGAACAAAGUGUCAGAGACAGGAGGGGACAAGAUGGUAGAAACAUGAGGGGAAAAGAUGGCAAGAGCACGAGGGAAGGGAGCAGGCCGGGCCGUGUGUGACGUUGCUGCGCUGUUGGAGUUGCAGGCGCUCGGUGGCCAUGGCCGGGAACAGCCUGGUGCUGCCCAUCGUGCUGUGGGGCCGGCGCGCCCCCACGCACUGCGUGUCCUCCCUGCUGCUCGUGGAUGGCUCUGUCAUUGUCACCGGCUGCCACGACGGGCAGAUCUGCCUCUGGGACCUGGCUCCUGACCUGCAGAUCAAUCCCAGAGCUCUGCUCUUUGGUCAUACAGCCUCAGUUACUUGUUUAUCCAAGGCCUCAGCUUCCAGUGAAAAGCAAUAUAUAGUGAGUGCAUCAGAGAGUGGGGAGAUGUGCCUGUGGGAUGUGAACGAUGGGCGGUGCAUCGAGUUCACCAAGCUGGCCUGUGCUCACACGGGCAUCCAGUUCUAUCAGUUCACAGUCGGCACGCAGCGGGAAGGGAGACUCCUGUGCCAUGGGCAUUAUCCUGAAAUUCUGGUCGUGGAUGCAACCAGCCUCGAGGUUCUUUAUUCUCUGAUAUCCAAGAUCUCUCCUGACUGGAUCAGCUCCAUGACCAUCAUCCGGUCCAACAGGACACAAGAGGACACUGUCGUGGCCGUGUCCGUGACUGGCAUCCUGAAAGUCUGGAUCAUCACCUCGGAAGUGAAUCGGAUGCAGGACACCGCGCCCGUGUUCGAGGAGGAGUCCAAACCCAUCUACUGCGAGAACUGCCAGAGCAUUGCCUUCUGCGCCUUCACGCAGCGCUCGCUCCUCGUCGUGUGCUCCAAGUACUGGAGGGUCUUUGAUGCUGGAGAUUAUUCCCUCUUGUGUUCAGUGCCCAGUGAAAAUGAGCAGACCUGGACUGGUGGGGACUUUGUGGCAGCUGAUAAAGUGAUUGUAUGGACAGAGGAUGGACAAAGUUUCAUCUAUAAAUUACCAGCCAGCUGCCUCCCAGCCAGCGAUUCGUUCCGCAGGGAUGUGGGGAAAGCAGUGGAGAACUUGAUUCCACCUUUGCUGUACAGCGUGUUGGACAGAGCAGAGAAACAGCUCCUGAUAUGUCCUCCAGUGACGCGCUUCUUCUGUGGCCAGAGAGAGUUUUCCUACAGGCUCUUAAUCCAAGGGGACUCCUCAGGGAGGCUGUGCAUUUGGAGCGUGCCCGACACCCUUGACCAGCAGGAGGGUGCAAAAGGCCUGCGCACAGCCACGUCCACGUCCCUGCAGGAAGCCUUCGACCAGCUGAGCCCCCGGCCCGCGGGGAUCAUCGACCAGCUGAGCAUGGUGGCCAACGCGAGCGAGCCGCUGCGCGUCACGGCCAGCGUCUACAUGCCGGCCCACGGGCGGCUGGUGUGCGGCCGCGAGGACGGCAGCAUCGUCAUCGUGCCGGCCACGCAGACCGCCAUCGUGCAGCUGCUGCAGGGCGAGCACAUGCUGCGCCGAGGCUGGCCCCCGCACCGGACGCUCCGAGGCCACCGGAACAAGGUCACGUGUUUGCUGUACCCUCACCAGGUGUCCUCCCGCUACGACCAGAGGUACCUGAUCUCAGGUGGGGUGGAUUUCUCCGUCAUCAUCUGGGAUAUCUUCUCGGGAGAGAUGAAGCAUAUCUUCUGUGUCCACGGGGGGGAAAUCACCCAGCUGCUCGUUCCACCAGAAAACUGCAGUGCCAGAGUCCAGCACUGCGUUUGCUCUGUUGCCAGCGAUCACUCCGUGGGUCUGCUGAGUCUGAGGGAGAAGAAGUGCAUCAUGCUGGCGUCCCGCCACCUGUUCCCAAUCCAAGUGAUCAAGUGGAGGCCGUCCGACGACUACCUGGUGGUGGGAUGCUCCGAUGGCUCCGUGUACGUCUGGCAGAUGGACACUGGGGCGCUGGACCGGUGCGUGAUGGGGAUCACGGCCGUGGAGAUCCUCAGCGCCUGCGACGAGGCCGUGCCGGCGGCCGUGGACGCGCUGAGCCACCCCGCCGUCAACCUGAAGCAGGCCAUGACCCGCCGCAGCCUGGCCGCCCUCAAAAACGUGGCCCACCAGAAGCUGCAGACCCUGGCCACCAACCUGCUGGCCUCCGAGGCCUCGGAUAAGGGGAAUUUACCGAAAUACUCCCACAACUCCCUGAUGGUUCAGGCCAUCAAGACCAACCUGACAGACCCGGACAUCCACGUGCUGUUCUUCGACGUGGAGGCGCUGAUCAUCCAGCUGCUGACGGAGGAGGCCUCGCGGCCCAGCGCCGCCCUCGUGUCUCCGGAGAACCUCCAGAAGGCCUCCGGCGCCUCCGACAAGGGAGGCUCCUUCCUCACCGGCAAACGAGCGGCCGUGCUCUUCCAGCAGGUCAAGGAGACCAUCAAGGAGAACAUCAAGGAGCACCUCCUCGACGAUGAGGAUGAGGAUGAGGAGGCCGUGAGGCAGAGGAGAGAAGACGGCGACCCGGAGUAUCGCUCCAGCAAAUCCAAACCGCUGACUUUGUUGGAGUAUAAUCUAACCAUGGACACGGCCAAGCUCUUCAUGUCCUGCCUGCACGCCUGGGGCCUGAACUCGGUGCUGGACGAGCUGUGCCUGGACCGCCUGGGCAUGCUGAAGCCGCACUGCUCCGUGUCCUUCGGCCUCCUGUCGCGAGGGGGCCACAUGUCCCUGAUGCUCCCGGGCUACAACCAGCCCGUGGGCAGGCUGGCCUUGGAGGAGCCGGGCAGGAAGAUGUCGGUGACGGAGGGCCUGGGGAAGGGCACCUACGGGGUGUCACGGGCUGUCACCACGCAGCACCUGCUGUCCGUCAUCUCCCUGGCCAACACGCUGAUGAGCAUGACCAACGCCACCUUCAUCGGGGACCACAUGAAGAAAGGCCCCACCAGGCCGCCCAGGCCGGGCACCCCCGAGACAGCCAAGGGGAAGCCGCCGCCUCCCGUGUCCAGCCACGCAGCACAAGGGCAAAUCAAACAAGGCUGGAGCCAGCUGGCUGCCAUGCACUGCGUGAUGCUCCCGGACCUGCUGGGGCUGGAGAAAUUCCGCCCUCCUCUGCUGGAGAUGCUGGCACGCAGGUGGCAGGAUCGCUGCCUGGAGGUGCGGGAGGCGGCGCAGGCGCUGCUGCUGGCCGAGCUGCGCAGGAUCGAGCAGGCGGGCCGCAAGGAGACCAUCGACACCUGGGCUCCCUACCUGCCCCAGUACAUGGACAGCGUCAUCUCCCCUGGAGUGACCACAGAAGCCCUUCAGACUGCGAGUGCCAGCCCAGAUCCCUCAGGAGCAGAAGCCAAAGUCCAGGAGGAGGAGCACGACCUGGUGGAUGAUGACAUCGCAGCAGGCUGCCUGCCGGGGCUGACGCAGCCCAAGAAGGUGUCCACGUCCUACGAGGAGCGGCGCAAGCAGGCCACGGCCAUCGUGCUGCUGGGAGUCAUCGGCGCCGAGUUCGGCGCCGAGAUCGAGCCGCCCAAGCUGCUCACGCGGCCCCGCAGCUCCAGCCAGAUCCCCGAGGGCUUCGGCCUCACCAGCGGGGGAUCCAAUUAUUCCCUGGCCAGGCACACGUGCAAGGCGCUGACGUUCCUGCUGCUGCAGCCGCCCAGCGCGCGGCUCCCGGCGCACAGCACCAUCCGCAGGACCGCCAUCGACCUCAUCGGCCGCGGCUUCACCGUCUGGGAGCCCUACAUGGACGUGUCGGCCGUGCUCAUGGGGCUGCUGGAGCUCUGCGCCGACGCCGAGAAGCAGCUGGCCAACAUCACAAUGGGGCUGCCCCUGAGCCCGGCGGCCGACUCGGCGCGCUCGGCUCGCCACGCGCUGUCCCUCAUCGCCACCGCCCGCCCGCCCGCCUUCAUCACCACCAUCGCCAAGGAGGUGCACCGGCACACGGCGCUGGCGGCCAACACGCAGUCGCAGCAGAACAUCCACACCAGCACGCUGGCCCGCGCCAAGGGCGAGAUCCUGCGCGUCAUCGAGAUCCUCAUCGACAAGAUGCCCUCCGACGUCGUGGACCUGCUGGUGGAGGUGAUGGACAUCAUCAUGUACUGCCUGGAAGGAUCUUUAGUUAAGAAAAAGGGUCUUCAGGAAUGUUUCCCAGCCAUCUGCAGGUUCUACAUGGUGAGUUACUACGAGCGCAGCCACCGCAUCGCGGUGGGAGCGCGCCACGGCUCGGUGGCGCUCUACGACAUCCGCACGGGCAAGUGCCAGACCAUCCAUGGCCACAAGGGAGCCAUCACCGCCGUGGCGUUUGCCCCCGACGGCCGGUACCUGGCCACGUACUCCAACGCGGACAGCCACCUGUGCUUCUGGCAGAUGAACACCUCUCUCCUGGGAAGCAUCGGCAUGCUCAACUCCGCGCCCCAGCUGCGCUGCGUCAAGACCUACCAGGUGCCGCCGGUGCAGCCGGCGUCGCCCGGCUCCCACAACGCGCUCCGGCUGGCCCGGCUCAUCUGGACCUCCAACCGCAACAUCAUCCUCAUGGCCCACGACGGCAAGGAGCACCGCUUCAUGGUCUAGGAGGAGGAGGGCCCCGGGGCCUCUCUGCCCCGGCAGAGCGGGAUCAGGAGCAGCUCGUCCCGAGGCCGGCUGAGCCCGGCCCCUCCGCGCUGGAUGUCACCCGACCCUUCUCCCUUCGGAGCCUCCCAGAAUCUCAGUGUUUACCAAAAGGCUCGUGUUUACAUGGACGCGCUCCUGGUGGCCAUGGAAUGCUGGUGGGUGCUGCCCUGGAGCCAGGUACCUGCCUGGGAAUGGGGCUGGAAUUUGGGGGCUGUGGCCUGUGUGCUGAUCCCAAGGGGGUGAAGGCUCCUUUCUGAGGGGAUUGCAAGUGCUGCUGUGCCCAGGCCGGAAGGAAAAAUGAUAGUCCACGUGUAAAUAAAUAAUUUAAAAAUCCUGUUAAAUGGCAGACUUGGAAAAAAGCAGUAUUUAUAUAGAAAGGUGGUUUUUGCCACCAGUGCAGGUAUUUAUUUAAAUAAAGGACAAAGGGGGCCAUUUUGAAUGGAAAAAUUAUCAAAAUUAUGGAAAAAAUUAAUUAUUGACUGGAUGUACUGAAAUAUUUCCUUCAGUAGGAAUAUUCCUGUGUGACACUCGCUGUGACUGUGUUUCCUUCUUACAUAUCUGAUUUUGUGGAAUAUUUUGUGUGAAAUUUUCUGGUUUCUGUUCAUGGGAAGGAGAAAAAAAUCUCUCAAAUCCUUUUAUUUCAAUAUCUCUCUUUGUGCAGCUUUUCCUUGGCUGCAGAGCUCGGUCCUGAGGCUGCCACUACCUGCUAAGCUAAAAAUGGUACUUGGAGCCCAAAAAUGAGGGAAUUCAUUUUCCACAUGGCUCCGAAAGAGAAAAUAAAUGUGUUUUAUUCCGCUGUGGGUUAUCUGUGUAGUGCCCGGGUGGGAUUUUCAGCCCAGAAGCCCCAUAUCUGUGCGCUGUUUAACAACUGAGUUCCAAAGCAGGAGGCUCAGGCCCGGAGGAGCGGUGAGCACAAGCUGCUGGGAGCUUGGUCUGUGCCAGGGGCUGUUCCCGAUCCCGCUGUUCCGCUGUGAGCUUCCCGUGUCCUUGACGCUGUUUGGCCUCGUCCCUGCACGUGUGGAGGUGUCCGUGGCUUCCGAGGGACACGGUGGGACACCUGGAUGAGAGGGGGGUGAUGAAGUCACCGUGUGAUGGUUCCAGUGUCUGCUUCUCCACAAAUGUGCUCCCUGCCCUCUGUGGAUUGACAUUCCUGGUGUAAAUAUGCUUGUGGAAUAAAGCUGGACUGAAACGUG